AUGCAGCGGCGAUCUAAAUUCGCUAGAAGGAAAGCAAGGGUCGGGAACGUGGAGAUUUCCAGCCCCCUCCCUCUCCCCCUCCACCCCACACCUCCGUCCCCCUCUCAACUCAUUAUUGCCCCUGCUGCAGCCCCUCUCCCAGCGCCGCUACCUGGUGCUGGCGGCAGUAGCGGAGCAGCUGAGCAGGCAACCAUUACCCCCCUCUCCCGCGCCUUCUCUCCUCUUUCCUGCCCUCUCUCCUGCUUCCUGCCCUCUCUCCCCGUUGCUGCAGCCCUUCUCCCAGCGUCGCUACCUGGUGCUGGCGGCAGUGACAGAGCAGCUGAGCAGGCAACCAUUAUUCCCUCCUCCCCCGCCUUCUCUCCUCUUCCCUGCCCAUUACUGCAGCCCUUCGCCAAGCGGCGCUACCUGGUGCUGGCGGCAGUGACAGAGCAGUUGAGCAACGCGCGGGUUCACCUGGUGGAGGCGGCCAGGCUGGCACAGCGGACAGGGCGGAUCCUCGUGCUGCCUAAGGGAGCCAACAGCCGCAUCUCCCUCGGCCGGCCCCUCCCCAUCUGCUCCUACUGGGACAUUUCCCGCUUUACCCCGUACGAGUGGGUGUCUCCGGAGUUCUACCUCCUCGCAGCGCGGGCCACCCUCGCGCGCCCGUCCGUGGGGUUCGUGUGGGUGCAAUCGCCCAACAUGAUCGUGAAAGGGCCGUUCCAAGCGGGGAUGGUGGUGGGGGUGGGGAGGAACGCGGGGGUGGGGGGCAACGCGGGGAUGGGGGGGAAGGAGGGCGUGGGGGGGGACAGGGGCGUGGGGGGGGACAGGGGAGUGAUGGCGCCGCUGCUGGUGCAUGCGCUGGGGCAUGUGCCAUGCGCCAGCAACACUCUGGAUACGCCCAUCCGUGGGGUUCGUGUGGGUGCAAUCGCCAAACACGGCCGCGAAAGGGCCGUUUCAGGCAGGGAUGGUGAUGGGGGUGGGGCGGGACAGGGGAGUGAUGGCGCCACUGCUGGUGCAUGCGCUGGGGCAUGUGCCGUGCGCCAGCAACACUCUGGAUGUCGCCAUGCCUGCUCGCAGCAACGCUGUUAUCAACAUGCUGCAUGCGUGACCGCAUUGCCCUUCCUCUACUCUACUCUCUCUUACGCGUCUUGUGCAACUUGCAACCUGUCAAUCAUCCAGGUGGGAUAA